AUGUCAGAAGAAGGCGUUCAUCUGGUCUCGACUCCCAGUCCGCGACAACCGUGGAAUCGUAUCAAUAAGCUGUCACCAACCUCUGACACUUCCAAUCCUCCCGAGGAACUUGUCGAUGCAUACAAGAGAAUUGAAGAAGAUGGAACAUUGGCCGAUUACGUACAGUGGGAUGAUCCGGAACUUUCAUCCAGAAAGAAUUCACCAGGCCGUCUCAGUCGCUCAUCGUCCAGACAACGAGGAAGAGAAUACGAUGGCGGAUCCCGCGAUGGGCGAGCUUUUUCCGAAGAAGGACUAUUCGAUGGGAUUGUACAAAACUCAAAUCGGCGUACAACAGAUUACUCCAGAGACGAACAGCGGCUGAGACGAGUCACUGGAAAAGAUUCCCCGGUCUUCAGCAAGGCCAAAACUACCAGUCACUCGGCGGCUUUGACAGCAGACAACCUACAGCGGCGCGAGAAGGAAGAGCGUCCUUGGGAGCAAGAGAAUCAUCGCUAUCACCAAGAGCAACAGCCAACAUCGGAUUAUGAGGGUGAUCGUGGUCCAUCACUCAACCUACCACGUACCUGGGGCAGUCGCGCCGCACGCCGGCAGGAAUGGCUACGCAAUGUCAGUGGAAGCUCUGGGUCGGAACCACCAGAGAACAGUAAUCGUGAGAUUUCCAGCGAAGCUCCAGCACCCAAGACAAACACAAAUGAGAACCAAAGGCCUGCCCGUUCAUCUCAUAUAGACCGGGGUAGCGCUUCCAACCAGGGAGCCCUCGAAGAACGUGUGGCCAAUCUCCGUACGCAAAACUUCCAUGAAUCAAAGAACCAAGCGGGACUUGGGUUGGAUCAACAUUCGCUACAAACUGAUGGUGCCGCUAUUCCUAAUACGCCGAUCGUGGUCUACAAGAACUCGGACAUGACUAGACCCAGUACAACUAAGCGAGAUUCACAAGAACUCCUCCGCAGACUUUCGAGGACCGAAAGCCCGAAGAUGGAUCAGGUUCAGACCCCAGACCCGCCAAAACUAUUUGAAAGAAAAAUAUACGACAAGACCCCCCCGGUGGCCUCACCGGCACCUCCCAAUGCAAAGGAGCAAUCUGCUUCGAUCCUGAAGCCAGCAGCGGAUGUUAAGCCUGCGGCCGAGCAAAAAGACUCCAAAACGACAGAAACCAAAAAGGCUUCUCCCGAGCCAACUAUUGGCAAACAAUCGAAGUCAAGGCCUCCCCUUGCUCGACCUAAGUUGCCAAAAAGUGCCCUUGAAACGGUCAUAGAGGAUGCUAGCUCUGGUAAAGAGGCUCUCAAUAUGGGUGACGAUACCAUCGAAUCUCUCCAGGCGAUUUUGGAUGAUCCGACCGACCUGAAGACUGAGGAAGACGAGGAGACCACUUAUAAAAAGAUGCUCCACCGACUCGGGCUUUUGCCUCAAAAUCGCGAAGGCCUUGAUGAUUACGAUCGAAUAGAUACCAAGUUGCAAUCGUUGGCACAUCACAUCGAGGAAGUGAAGAAGGGUCUGGACCGCCUACAGGGACAUGUUGCCAACGGAUUUGAGAAGAAAGAAACUACCAAGCCGCCGCCUACUAUUUUAACUCCGACUUUGAACGAGCCCUGCAAAACCGGUAGUCUGCCUUCGGAUACCCGUAUCUAUGCCGCCAUCCCUCUUCCUCGAUUUUGGGAACGCAACCUCACAUCCCGACGUCUGAAACUUACUAAGCUCGGCUGGGCCACGCUCAUCUUUACGCUCUGGUAUAUCAUUGAAUGCACGAUGACAGAAAUGUUCUCUCAUUCCAUCAUCGCCGAUACGUGCACGGGUUACUGCCUCCGCCCCGACGCACCUGUCUUCCCCUUUGUGACCGUGACGAUGCUGUGGCGCUGGUCUCAUUUAUCGGUUCUCCUGGCACCGAUUAUUACUCUCAGCGUAGCUCUCUUCCGCCUCGUAGUGCAAUUACUGGGGCUAUGGGAUGGUUAUAUGGACGAGCCAGCCGGUUUGGCGAAUCUUGUCGGCGAGAUUCGUAUCAACGGAACCCCAGUGGCGUUCCCUUGGUUGACACCGCCGUCCAAGACAAAGAUAUUCUCACCAUCCUCUGUUCUACCUCCUCCUCCUCCACCACCACCGCGACCCGAGUGGACUCAGACCCACGGUGCUUCAACACAUGCAGGGGAUGAUCAGGCCUCUAUGGAUGAUGACGAAUUACUUUGA